AUGAUUGGGCGAAUGCCCCAGGCCCUAAAUUGYAGUGAUGCGGUUGUCGACAGCGUUACGAUAACGGACCAGAGGGUGCCGAGUGCUGUGCUGAAUGGUACCGAGUAUGUCGUAUUGGACUGCGUGUACAAGGUGAAACCGGAAGAGGCCGAGGGGCUGGUGAUCACAUGGUAUUUCAACAACAGCCCCAGCCCUGCAUACCAGUGGAUACAGGGCCAACCACCCCGGGCCAUCGGUCCGCUGAAAAAUCACAUCCGGUUGGGCUUCGCUGCGCCCACCGACGACGCGUUGGCCAAGUACCGCGCCCUGUAUAUCAUCCGGCCAACCAUCGAGCUGACUGGCAACUACAAGUGUGUCGUGUCCACAUACAACGACGAGGACUUUAUGAUUAAGAAGAUGAUCGUUUACGCGCCUGGCCGACAUAUGCACAUGAAACGCACCAAAGCCAACGACCAAGACAUGGUGAAUAUAUCUUGUACGAUUUCCAGAGUAUUUCCCAUGCCCAAGAUGCAAUUGUACAAGCUCGAAACAAAUGGAACGCAAAACAGAAACAGUUCUUUGCCUAUUGAGAUAUUGGAUUAUCAGAACGAUGGCGCAUUUGAUGUCACAGUAUCAACGUUGUUCUCCGAAUCCGAAUUACCAUCGCGAACAACAUUUUUUUGUGAACUCAUUAUACCGAGUACUCCAUACAGUAUCACAAAACGAUUUGUUUUUAAUCCUGAAGUGAUGGAUGUUGUGGAAGAAGACCUUGAAAGAUUGGGAGUACAGGAAUGGAGGGAAGUAGUUCAGUACCGUGAAAAAUGGAGAGAUAUUGUGAUGGCGGCAAAAACUCUUAGAGAGUACUAA